AUGUUGCAGCCGACAGAGUCUUCCUGCCCUUUGGACAGUUGUGGACAGCCACUGGGAGAUGAUGCCCCCAAGAAAGCAGGCAUCCCACACAUCAGACCACGGGAGGCUGCGCCAGAGCCCAGUGCGGGGGACCUCGAAGACGGCUCUCAGGAAGCAAUGCUCCUAGUGCCCUUGACCCCUGCAGAGGAAGACACAGCCAACCCCCUUUUGCCAUCCACACCAGGACCUAAAACACCCAAAGAAGGAGGCGAAGCUGUGGAGACCCAGCCAGCACCGGGGCCUCUUCUUCCACCAGAGGUGAGGGACACGGGCGAAAAGCGGGAGCUGUACCUCGCGCAGAAGCAGCUGCAGGCGCCCGAGGAGGCUGCGGGGGCCCAGAGCUCUGGGAACGCCUGGCAGGGCUUCAUGAAGUGCUUGCUGGAGCUGGAGGAGGAGGAGGCCACCCACCGGAGGACCUCGAAGGCCGGAGGAGCUCUGACAACACGGAAGCCCCCGAAGACCCUAAGCCCCGUGUGCACCUCGGCCCCGGGCCUGCCCCUGCCCCUGCUUCAGACCCCGGCCUCCACACCCGCCACAGCCCCGCCCUGGGCCCGGCCAAUGGCCCCAGGAUCGAGCCCUGCCCCCAUGGGCGCCCUGGACCCCACUGGGCCCUGCCCAGUCCUGUCGGUCCCCACCAUGGACUUGGGCUGGAGGCGGCCGGAGCCUUUGCCCCAGAGCAACGACAGGAGCCUGAGCUACACCAAGGCACGGCAGGAGCUGCAGGAGCGUAGCAUCCUCAAGCUGUACCAGAGCUGCGAGGAGUGCUCGGAGGAGCACCUCACCCAGAAGCAGGAGGAAGCCUUCCGCAGCUACUUUGAGAUCUUCAACGGCCCUGGCGAGGUGGACGCGCAGAGCCUCAAGAACAUGCUGCUCCUGGUGGGCUUCUCCCUGACACCGGCCCAGGUGGAGGACGUCCUGGUGAGCGCCGACGUGGACGGAGAUGGUCAUGUGGACUUCAAAGACUUCUUGGCUGUGAUGACAGACAGCAAACGCUUCUUCUGCUCUGUGGAACAGAAUGCCCUGGCGAACAUGGCUCCCCCGAACCCCCACACUCUGCUCUUUGAGAUCCUGUCUCUGCUGGUGGAGAUGUUGGCCUUGCCGGAGGCAGCCUUAGAGGAGAUCACAAACUACUACCAGAAGAAGCUGAAGGACGGCACCUGCAAAGUGAGAGAGAUGGACUCGGCCAUUGGCCGGCUGCGGUCACGCAAGAAGCUGCCCUACAGCCCCCAGCAGGCAGACAGCUUUGAAAUCUCAGAGCGGAAGGUCCUCAGGAUCCUGAGUAGGAUAAAGCAACAGAACUAUGCUGCCAACCUGCAGAGCCCCUACGCCCAGGUGCCCUGCAUCCCGCUCUGUCCCCGGAUGGACAAGAAGAUGGUGCGGCGGAAGCAGGGCAACCACUAUGUGCUAGACCAGUGUGCUUCCAGCAGCCUGAGCCCAGACAUCCGCAGCCUCUUCUUCCCGUCAGGACCUCAAGGAAGCAGGGAACACAGCUCCGACAGUGGCAAGUGGCUUGGCUCUCUGCCAGCUCGAACCCACUGA